AUGUCGGGCUGGAAAGUCAUCUCUGGCUAUCUGUCACCGCACCGACCUGUUGACGAAGUCAGAUACGAGACACCCGAACCGACCUUCUCGCCCAGUCCGCCUUCUGCUUAUCUAUCCCAAGAUCUCAUUUGCGAAGACGAAGAAAUCAUGCCCCCGCAAAGCCAUCAGCCCCUCCGAACCCAAGAGGUACCAGAUUCUGAUUACGAGUCUAUGAGCGAUGUGAGCCGGGAUCUUGUUCGUGAAACCAAGUACCAAAAUGAUUCGGAUGUGGACACCAAAACCACACGACGCUCUUCACGUGUCAUGACGGGCGCUCCGAGCUCAAUAAGCGCCACGUCAGGCUCGCAACAUACAAGAGUUCCACCUCACACUGACGAGGUAACUCACAAGCCUCCAAGCCCUUUCCGCACCCCUCUCAGUCGAGGAAGAAGAUCAAGUGCACGCCGGAACGAGCGCACGCAGUCCCUUUCUCAACGAAGUAGGACUGUCUCGACUGGGAGCGAUACACGUAAAGAAGCAACGUAUGAUACACCACUUCUGCAGGCUGAAGUUUACCCAUCGCGAUCAUUGCGAAAGCGAACUGUACAGCAAACAAACCCAUACAAGUUUGACAAAUAUCAACAUACCAUUUCACGCAAGAGUGGUCACUCUGCAGACUCCGAGGACGUAGAAGAAGCCGUCUAUGAAGAGAUCGAAAUGACUCAGACGCGACUCUCGUCAAAAAACAAGUCUAAAGCGUCGACUGCAGCGAACAAGCGCAAGCUCAAUGCUACGCCGUCGAAGAAGAAUGGCAAAAGACGUCGCUUCUCUUCAAAUGCAUCCGUCACGGCUGAGGACAAUCAAGUCAACUCAUUCGAUCCUGCAAGAGUAACUUUAAAGGUGUGGCUCGACGGGUUUCCUGCCGCUGGUGCUCCGACCACCCUAUUUGCCUGUGGGGAUGUUGAAGGCUUGUUUGACUUCAUUGUAAAGUCAUGGGGAUGGAGUUUUGAAGGUGCACGGAUCCGUUACGCAAUCAUCUCAUUUCCAUGGCUGAGUGAAGAGUCCAACAUUUUGCUGCGUCCUGGACUGCGAGAGAGCUUCACGAAAAUGGUGAGCGAAGUCGAAAAAGCCGAAUGCUGGAAGUCAGGCGGGGAUGAGGCAUCGUGCGAGAUCAAGAUUACCGUGUACUUGCAGUCAAAGGAUUGA